UACGUAUGACUAAUGACGCCAAAAGUCGUGUACCAGUGCGCCAAACAAACCACAACCAACCACAAAACACACAACCCCACGAGCCAACACUGUUUGUAAAGGAAACCAGAUCGUUCCAUCUACAGAUAGAUACAUCAUAAUAGUCACCACCUUCAUAAUUAGACUACUUAGACUAAAGCAAUAAUGGACGAAGAUCAUUUCUUGGCUUCCUUCCUGGGAGAGAAAUUGCCUACAUUGGGAUUGGAUCCUGAGACGUACGGGCCGUAUCUAUUGGGUCUGCUUCCCGCGGACGACGAGGCUUUAUUGGACGGCAAUGAUGUCGAUGACAACAACUCAGGAGCAGAUGACGAAGAGUGGGAUGGCGUAUUGGAAUUACUGCAAGCCAGUUCGGAAUCUCAUAGUGAUGAUGUGGAUGCAUGGCAAGCACUCAAGAAAGAGUUGCAGGAUCGGUAUCGAACGCAUUUGGUGGAGGCAAAAAACCAAAAGGCGGAAGAAGACGCCCAGAGACUAGAAGCUGCCAAAAUAGCGGCUGCCGCUAUACCGGAAGAAACAAAAAAGGAAGAGAAGAAGAGCUCCGUCAUUGACGAGGAAGCCAAGAAAGCCAUGUUGGCUCGAUUCGCCUAUGAAAACGACGACGAGGAUGAGGAUGAAGAAGGGGAGCUUGCCCAUGUAAAUGUCAACAAGGAAGCCGCCAAACAACAAAGUCUCGAAAAUGCCAAAGAACUGCGCAAAGUAAAAGGGCAAACGAAAAAGGAAGAACAGCAGAAAACCAAACAAGCGAAACAAGACAAAAUCAAACUAAAGGAAGAAAGACGAAAUAGGGCUAACAAGGGAGAAAGGAAACGAUAACCUGCCACCACCAAAGGACCUGAUCUGUGAUGGAAAAAGAAAGCAGCCUAGGAACUGUGAGUAAUGGUUCCAAUAAUACACAGAAAAGAAGAACUGUUGCCACGCCAAGAAGAAAGAAUUGAAGUGGCAAUCCUGUGACUGAGCUCACCCGGUCUACAAGGAAUGUCACAACACUAUAGAGAUACAAUUAUUUUACCAGGAAAAGCUGAAAGCAUGUCGUCAAAGCUACAUCGCUGGGGUUGUGAUUGUAUAAGU